CGGUUUCCUCGCGGGGCCGGGGAGCCGGGCCGGGCGGGGAGGCCGCUGCCCUCCGACCGGCCCUGCGGACUCGCCGCCUGCUGCCCGUUUCCCAGUGCGCGGGGGGCGUCGGGGCCACGGCGGGCGUCCGGGCUGCGCUCUGGACACGUUCCCCGAGCCCGCAGCUCCCCCGGGGGCAGCGCCGAUCUAGGGGGCUGCUAGGUGGGGCCCCGGGAGGCCGGGCGAGGCGCGCGCGCUGACACCUGCUGCGGGGCGCGGCGUCGGGGACCCCACCUGCGGGCCGCCCCGCCCCGGCACCCCUCUCCUCCCCCGCGGGCUCCAGAGCAUUGUACUCACAUCCGGGGCUGGCUUUGCCUUAAUGCGAGACGUAAUUAACCCGGAAAAAAGAGCCGCAGACGCGGCGGGGCGGCUCCGAUCGGCUCCAGCCCGGGGGUCCCGGGGCCCCGGAGGCGCCUGCAGCCCGCGGGGAGCCCGCUCGGCCCCAGGCCCUGCCGCUGCACCUCGGGGAGGAAAGGGAAAAAGACGCCUUGUAGGGAGGAAAAGUGUCCAGGCAUGUCCGGAGAGGAGGCGGGGCAGGGGCGCGCUCCGCUUAGGGCCUCGCUCAUCUCAGCUCCUCCUGGGCCUUGCACGGUGUGUAUCGUGGACUUUUGUCGGCUACUGUGAAACACAGUGCUGAACAGACUGCCUCCUCUCCCUCACGGAGCUUCCAGUCUGAGGGAGGAGACUGCAGGGGUGCCUAGGAGGAGCAGCGCGAAGAGAUAACUAGAAUAGAGAUCUGGUCUGUGUGGAGGAGCAGCCUUCAAAGAGCGCCAGCAUCAUCAUCCCAGAAACAAGCCUCUCCUUUAGAUGCCAUUGAAGGGUGAUGUGAGCAGGGCCCAGGAAUGCCUUAUGUGGACAGGCAGAACCGAAUCUGUGGGUUUCUGGACAUCGAGGAGAAUGAGAACAGUGGCAAAUUUCUGCGGAGAUACUUUAUUCUGGAUACCCAGGCCAACUGCCUUCUCUGGUACAUGGACAACCCCCAGAACCUGGCAGCUGGGGCCGGAGCUGUUGGAUCUUUGCCGCUGACCUACAUCUCAAAGGUGAGCAUAGCUACUCCAAAACAGAAACCCAAAAUUCCGUUUUGCUUUGUCAUCAAUGCCCUCUCUCAGAGGUAUUUUCUUCAAGCCAAUGACCAGAAAGAUCUGAAGGACUGGGUUGAAGCCCUGAACCAAGCCAGCAAAAUCACUGUACCCAAAGCUGGGAGUGUACCUGUGACUACCAAAGUCCUCAAGAGCCUCCCAGUUCCUGCAGCCCUAGAGAAGAAACCCCAGGUGGCCUACAAAACCGAGAUCAUCGGAGGAGUCGUGGUGCACACACCCAUCAGCCAGAACGGUGGUGAUGGGCAGGAAGGGGGCGAGCCGGGCGCCCAUGCCAUUCUCCGAAGGUCUCACAGCUAUAUCCCCACGACGGGCUGCCGCGUGCCCAGCGGCCCUCCACUCAUUAAGAGCGGCUACUGUGUGAAGCAAGGGAAUGUGCGCAAGAGCUGGAAACGUCGUUUCUUUGCACUUGAUGACUUCUCCAUCUGCUACUUCAAGUGUGAGCAGGACCGAGAGCCACUUCGCACUAUACUUCUCAAGGACGUUCUCAAGACCCACGAGUGUCUGGUCAAGUCCGGGGAUCUCUUAAUGAGGGACAACCUGUUUGAAAUCAUAACAAGUUCCAGGACCUUCUACGUGCAGGCAGACAGUCCUGAAGAAAUGCACAGCUGGAUCAAGGAGAUUGGGGCAGCUGCCCAGGCCCUCAAGUGCCACCCCAAAGAAAUCUCCUUUUCCAGGUCCAUUUCUUGGACUCGUGCUGGCUGCUCCAGCCUGUCAGGUGGGCCCAACUCUCUCCGGUGCCGAGGACGGCCGCCCGGGGAAGAGAAAAGAGCCCUCAGCAAAGCCCCCUCUGUGGCCUCUUCCUGGCAGCCCUGGACACCUGUCCCCCAGGCUGAAGAAAAGCUGCUGCCAGCUGAAGAGACUCCCGAGGACUCUUUGUUCACGCCUUCACCUGGGGAGAGCACCCGGCACCUUUCCAGUUCUCGGAUAAGGCACAGAUCAGAGCCCCAUCACGCCAAGGAGAAACCGUUUCUCUUCAACCUGGACGAUGAGAACAUUCGAACCUCUGAUGUGUGAUAGCAUUUGGUUCUGGGGGUCAGGAGGAGAAGGCAGGGCCAGGAGGCAAAGGCUCACGCCUUCAUUUGGAGGACAGUCACAGGCCUUUAGGGCACUCAGGUUCCAGGAAGGUUUGGGAGGGGCCCAUCCAACUGGACUUUCGCUUUCUAGAAUACCAGUGUGUGUACUUAGUGUGGAGAACUCACUGGGUUAGACCAGCAGGCAUGCUCAGUGGAGCGCAGGUUGCCUCUUACCCUGUUUUUGUAUAGUGGCUGAGGUCUGACCCUGAAGUAGGAGAGUGAGUCUGCUGGGAGGAGGCAGAGGGGAAAAAGACUUAGUCUCCAGCUUGCCAGGCUUCACUCUGAGGAGAGGUGUUCAAGUCUGGGAGCUUGUGGGUAGCUCUCAGAAAUCCCAUUCUCCUCAGAGGGCAGAAUAUCUCCGUGACCCUCCAUGGAGGAAGAAAGAGAUUUCUUGUAACAUAUUAGUAAUGAUUCAACCCCAAAGCAUCAGCCAACCUUGGAAAUUUCUCUUCCCGUCUAGAUGUUUUUUGACACCUGGCACUGUCAAACCAGCCCACCCAGCCCGCCGGGGCAGCACCAGUGAUGGGGUCAUCUGCAUUCAGUGUCAUGACUCUUGACACACUGUUCUUGCAGAGGUGUCACUUGGAAUGUCUGGACAAUCGAUAAUGUGUGAGAAUGCGUACAUGUGUAGAUGGGAUGUCCAUUUUAUUUUAUGAGUUUUAGAUUUGCUUAAGGCAGGCAUUAGGAAGAGAUGGACACAAAACUAAGUGUUCACAAAACUAAGGUGUUUUGAUCCAUUUUUUUUUUCCAGACAGAAAAAGGUCUGUUUUGCAAAGACAGGUUUCCCUGAAGCCUUGUUUCACAUUUCUUUCUAAAAUUAGUCUGAUUUUCAGUACUAUAUGUUGUAUAUUCUUGCAGACUUUCUGUGUAUUCUUUGUGUUGUCCUUUAAAUGAAAUUUUGUGUACUUGCAUGAUGAAACCUAGUAAUACAAUGAGGCUCUAUGUACUUACAAUGAAGAGAUACAAAGAUAACACACAGAAAGAUCAUGAGAGAUAUUUAUAUUUUUAAUAAAAUAUAAACCAUGCUUGGAAACACAUUUAAAAGCUGCACCUUGCUGGCUAGAGAUUUCACAGAAGCAGAGCCUGGAAGACUGCAUUUCCCACCCAGGUGUUAGGGCGUGUAUUCUUUCAUUUGACAAGGUACAGUUUUCAAGGUUUCUGAGAGAAUUCAUCUAACUUAUAUAGUCAAUCAGGAAUUUAUUGCUAUUCCAUAAAGGGUAAGAAGACCUUGCUUAUUAUUUCUUUAUAACUUUUAUUAAUUAUAUCAGUUAAAUAUACUUUUAAUUAAAAAUUAAUGACUCCAGUGAAAGUAAGAAGGUUUUUUGUUUUUAUCUAAAUAAAUUGCUUCCCCUGCUUAGGGCCAAAUCAAAUGUAGAGGUGAAACUAUGUGACAUGAAAAGUUUUAAUUAUUUGAGAGAAAAUUUGAAUCUUCCACUUUUUCUAGGCACUACAAGGUUUUUUAAGCUCAGUGUCAUGCUGAGUUUUCUUGACUGUGCUACUACUGGAACCAUCUUCACUUAAGUUUAGCCUAGUGGUUCCACUAUCAAAAAGGAAAUCAGGGAGGCUGGAGCAAUAGCACAGCGGGUAGGGCGUUUGCCUUGCACGUGGCUGACCCGGGUUCGGGUUCGAUUCCCAGCAUCCCACAUAGUUCCCCGAGCACCAUCAGGAGUAACUCCUGAGUGCAUGAGCCAGGAGUAACCCCUGAGCAUCACUGGGUAUGGCCCAAAAACAAAAAAAAAAAAGAAAAGAAAAAAGGAAAUUGGGGUUGAAGAAACAGCUGAACGGGCUGGAGCACAUGCUUUGCAUGAAGAAGGCCCAGGUUCCAUCCCUGGCACCUUCUUGCGCCCAGCACCUCCAGGAGAGGCCUUGAAGCACUGAGCCAGGAGUAGCUCCUGAUUACUGCUGGGUGUGACUCCCAAACCACAGCAAAGGAAAUUUAUCAUCAGGCCUCACUUCUCUCUUUGCUGUCUUCUGUAAACUCAUACUUUCGUCCUUAGAAAUUCUUGGUUUGGGACUUAUUUAUUAUGAGUGAUAGAGUUUAUAACAUAUUUCAAGCAGUUUGGUUGCCAUUCCACAUUCUUAAACUCCUUUUCCCUGACUUCAGUUUCAAAUUUUCUCAGGAAAUUCUUUGUCUAGUUAAAAAAAAGUAAGUGGUAUUGAAUAAAUAGAAUUAAAUAAGAAACGUUUGCUAUCUCUUAAAACAUUCCCUGAGAAAUAUGUGAUAUUUUUGAUGUUUCAGUUAUAAAAUGGGGUCCAGGAGACUGCUAAGUGGCAGAACACAUAUGGCCCCUGCACACUGUGAGGUAAACACAUGAAUGGAGAAUAUUCACCCUUCUUCUCCCCCACACACACACCUUAUCCUCUCCCAGGGACAGAAUGCUGUAGGGCCAUGUAUAUGCAGAGCACGUGCAGUGCCCCUGAGCUACAUUUUAGACUGUGCUCAUCACCACUGCUAAAUUAGUUAAUUAGUGAGUGGAUAUUCCUUAUUUGGUAAGAAAUAUUGAAGCUAUUUGCUUUUUUUCUUGUCUUUCUUUCCACACCCAGCAGUGCUCAUGGCUUACUCCUGGCUCUGUGCUCAGGGAUCACUCUUGGCUCUGUGUUCAGGGAUCACUUCUGCCAGUGCUCAGGGGACCAUUUACACCACAGAAGGUCGAACUGUGGUUGGCCACAUGCAGGGCAAGUGCCUUAAUCCUUACAAUCUCUCUGGCCUGAGAAUGUUUGACAUUAAAAUAAAAUACUUCUAAAACCAGAUUGUGUUAUUAUGAUAGAGGGAAAACUAGAACUGUAGUGGCAAAUACUUGGGAGUUCCACAUUAGAACAUUAUUAAUAUAUUUCCAGCACCCACUAAAUAUAAUAAUCUUUAAUAAAAUAUAAAAACAUUCUCAUUCACAAACCAUAUUAAAGGAUUCCUUUUCUGUCCCUAUUUCUUAACGUCUGGCCAAUUUUACAUCACAAUCUUUUAAUGUCCUAACAGGUAUGAACCAAAGAUAGUGCAUAAUUGACCAAGGCAUGGUUUUAUGUAAAAUGGAAUUAAUGGGAAAAAUAGGACACAGUACAGAUUAGGAGUUAGGUACAUAAUUCUGGAAUAAAUUUGAUUUCUUGAAAUAAAGGAACUAAAUAAGGCUUUGUAUUUCUAUGUGGAAUAAAAAUGAUUGAAUUGUGUUGCUUCCUUAAAACUGUUCAAGUCUUGAGAGUUAAUAUGUGUAACAAUACUUCAGAUAGCAUUACUUAUAGCUGGACUAUUUACCAUUUACCAUUUUGGAAAGUUUUGUGAAGUUUGCUUACCCAAGAUCAGGUGGUGGCUGGUGAACAUAGUUUAUGCGGACUUUUGUGUUUUGGAGAACAUAAGAGUGCUAAGGUAUAAGAAUGUGGAGGAACGCAGACAUGCCAGGAACUGGAGUUACAAAUCUAUUUCUGAACAGAAUGCUGAGUUCACACAAGAAAGAGUAUGUUUAUGGUUUAGUUUCUCAAGUAGCAACAUUUUUUUUUCCUUCCUGAAUAUGGGCAAAAAGAGGAUUCAACAGAUACAUAGUAGAUUUAAUAGAGGAUGUGCUUUUUUAUUUCCAUGAUUAGACAAACCAUCUUAUUGAGGUAACAGCAUUUUGGAAAUGGAAUUUCCUAAAUCAGCUUUGUUUAUAAUGUUUGACUAUGUGAGAAAUGGAACAUUUAUUAAAGGCUUCUACCAGUAUCACUCUCAUCUUCCUUUCCCCCCCCCCCCUCUCACUCUCUCCACGUUAUUGCCUGCAGCUGUCGAUUACUAGCCAGUCAUGCUAGGUAGAGCUUAAGUAAAGCAGAGGUUUGACAAAAACAUAACUGUUUGACCCCCUUUGCUCACUGCUACUUAGGUGUGGCACGAUUUGUUUUGACCCAGUAUGUUUCAGCUGUGCAGUGCACUGGGUGUCCACAGCUGAGCUGAGUGCAUGGAAAGUGUUACGCUUCUCGUUUUGUGUGACCUAAUUGGUAUGGCGCAAAAAUAAAAUUUCAAAAACUGUUUUUGUUGCUUGUUUUGUAAUAAAAAUAUGUGAAGCCCUGAAA